GACUUUCUUUCGGUUGUGCUUGCAUUGAGGGGACCACAAAGACAUCGAUCUCUGAUAUCAAUUGUGCAGCACGGUACUCCGUACAGUACAUUGAAACCCAACCACCACACCCAUGGUAAGUCGAGUCUCGUUGUUCCGUGGAUCUGUUCGCGCGGGCGGGCCGAGUCCGAGUCUCCCGUGAAAGAAAUGAGGGAAAUUGACACCUGAUUUUUUUUCUCCCUUCCCUCAGGCGCCAAUCCACCUUCUCCAGAGUCGGGAUGACUCCAAUUGCCCCAAUUCCAUCUCCGGGGGUGGCAUCGCCGGUAUCGUCCUCGGCACGAUGGCAGGAACCCUGCUGCUUCUCUGGCUCUGGAAGCUUUGUGCCAUGAAUCAUGAGAUGGAGAGCGAGCCCGACUACGGGGAGACCAAUUUGCCUACCAACCGAGCGCGCCAUCGCCACCGGCAGCGACGGAGCCCGUCAUACUACUAUGUGGAGAAACCGAGGAGUUCGGUAAGGAGGCCCGCGAAAGUCUAUCUCAAUUGAUAGGGUGUGGAUGAGGAAUGGAAGGAAUUGGGAGGGAUAGAAGGAUGGAAGUAGAGGAAGCUGGGGAGAGGGGGCGGUUUAAUGUGUUUGUUGAGUUUCGAAUCACGUAUGGUUACGAUGGAUGUACAUGUCGAUAUGAC